AUGCUCAAAAUUUUCAGAUAGGCUAAUUUAUUCAAGCCUCAAUUCAUGAGAAGAUACGAUCAGGCCAAUUCUCCUUUGCAUAUAGCCAUUGGGGACACAUCUGAACUGAGAACAAAGCUAUUCCCAGAGAAGAGGAGAAUCCCAGGGAGAAAAGGCAAAAUAAUCUUAGCAUUUGGUGUGUUAUUCUAAGUAUGGGGCAUAAUGCAUAUAGUGGAAGUGAGAAGACAAUUCAAGUAUGAUUGAAUGGUUAAAUAAAUUAGACGCAAAGAAUUAGAGUUGAAAAAGAUGCAGAGGAAAUCAUUGCCAUUUUAUUAAGCCAUGCAAGAUAUCAGAUAUUUGGCUGCUGAAGACAAGAGGAAUAUUUUGAUCGAGGAAUUGUUUGCUGAACACGGAUCCGAUUACAUCAAGUAGAUCACUGACAUCUAUCACCAGAAGGAUGUGUGGUAUGAUAAUUGAAUUAAGAACGUAGGGUUCCAUUUAAGAAGAGAGCCGCUCAUCAAUACACCAGAGCAACCAAGGAUCCCUAUCCUUAUUUCGAUAUUCCAGGAUCACGUUUCUUGCACGGCUACGACGUAUACAACAUUUGAUUUAAAUCAUAAAUAUUAAAU